UCCACAGAGAUCAGGUUGUCUUACAGUUACAGUUGCAGAUACCCCCUCAAGGAACGUUCGAAAUUCUGAACGGGUCCUCGUCCGACAACCUGCGAUGAGCGCUGCCGUGCCCGUGCCCGCGCCGCCGCCGGUGGAUCCCGCCACGGCGGGGGAGAUGGCGCGGGAGGCCGCCGCGUGGUGCGCGCUGCACGGCCUCGUCGUCGGGGACCGCGCCGACCCGAGAUCAGCAACAGUCCCUGGCGUUGGUUUGGUUCAUGCUCCAUUCUCCCUGCUCCCAGCACAUCUUCCCGAAUCCAUUUGGAGGCAGGCGUGUGAGUUGGCUACCAUAUUUAACGAGCUUGUGGAUCGUGUUAGCCUCGAUGGGAAGUUCUUGCAAGAUUCUUUGUCCAAAACAAGGCAGGUUGAUGAUUUCACAUCUAGACUCUUAGAGAUUCACAGGAAAAUGAUGGAAAUAAAUAAGGAGGAGAAUAUUCGCUUAGGGUUGCACCGAUCAGAUUAUAUGCUGGAUUUAGAAACAAAUUCUCUUCUUCAAAUAGAGCUCAACACCAUUUCAACAUCCUUUCCUGGGCUUGGAUCCUUAGUAAGUGAUCUUCACAGGAGCUUAAUUAAUCAGUAUGUACAUCUAUUAAGUCUGGAACCAAAGAGGGUUCCUGGAAAUGCGGCUAGCAGUAAAUUUGCUGAAGCAUUGGCCAGAGCAUGGGCUGAGUUCAAUGUUGACAGUGCUGUAGUUAUGAUGAUUGUUCAGCCUGAAGAAAGAAAUAUGUAUGACCAAUACUGGCUUACUAACCAUUUGAAGGAAUCAUAUGGGAUAACAACUAUUAGGAAAACAUUGUCACAGGUGGAGGCCGAAGGGCAGGUUCUCCCUGAUGGAACUCUUGUGGUAGAUGGCAAGAAAGUUGCUGUGGUGUACUAUAGAGCUGGAUAUACACCAAAUGAUUACCCUUCAGAAGCUGUACGAGAAUGGAGUGCAAGACUUUUGAUUGAACAAUCAUGCGCUGUGAAGUGCCCUUCAAUAUCGUAUCAUUUAGUGGGAACCAAAAAGAUUCAACAAGAACUAGCAAAGCCCAAUGUGCUUGAAAGGUUUCUUGAAAAUAAGGAGGAAAUUGCUAAGCUUCGUAAAUGCUUUGCUGGUCUAUGGAGUUUGGAUGAUGAAGAGAUUGUUAAAACUGCAAUUGAAAAGCCUGAGUUGUUUGUGUUGAAGCCUCAACGUGAAGGCGGAGGGAACAAUAUUUAUGGCCUUGAUUUGAGAGAGACACUUACCAGACUCCAGAAGGAAGGAGGGGAUGCACUUGCAGCGUACAUACUUAUGCAAAGAAUCUUCCCAAAAGCUUCUCUUGCUUAUCUAGUUCGUGGUGGUAUUUGCCAUGAGGGUCUUGUGAUUUCGGAGCUUGGAAUAUAUGGUGCUUACUUGCGGAACAAAGAUAAGGUAGUAAUCAAUGAGCAAAGUGGCUACUUGAUGCGGACGAAAGUUUCUUCAUCAGAUGAAGGCGGCGUCGCUGCAGGGUUUGCUGUUUUGGAUAGCUUAUACCUGACUGACAAGUGAGGUAACGAAAGGAGCCUCAGCUACAGCUUUCAGCAAGCUUACAUCGACAACUGAUUCAACAUCAUGUUCUCCAUUAAACAAUGCCGGAGAAGCUGCUGCAGGCUACAGCCAUAUCUCAUCUCGUUUGAUGAUUUCCUACUGCCCGUUCCUAGGGAGAGAAUAAGUGUAUUAUGUGUGGCUUGCAUGUACAUGAAAUCCAUGAAAACAAUGAUGAACAAUCAUGUUAUAUGUAGAUCAUGCCAAUGACCUGCGCAGGAUAAUCUCAGCCGCUUGCUCGGCCCAUUGCCAAACA